AUAAUAACUGUAAAUUCUGUUUACUGACAUACUUACCUAUAUAGAUAGGGCGAUGGGCGAGGGAAUGUCGAGAUUUAACGGUUAGCCUGAAAAAACUUGGUCUCAAAGGCUCUUCGUAACGGAAGUCCUACAUAAUACCCACAACGGCUAAGACCUGAUUAGUUAAAAGUAAGUCAAACUUACGUGAGCAGUCUUCUGCUUAUUAGACCCCGCCUAUCUAGGACUACUGAUCAUAGAGAUAGAAAAUGGGCGUAGUAGGGGUGUUGGGUAGGUAUUAUGCAUGUUAGGCGUGGUUUUUCGCAGCUUCUUGGGGUUCUAACCCUACUAACGUCAAGAUUCCCGUGUAAUAUAAAUGCGCCCUAGGGAUGCCAAUAUUCUAAAUUCUAAGGAACCUUUCAGAUACCAUACCAUCACAAGCAAGAGAUAGAAGAUAUGGACAACAUAGAUCGUGACGCCUUGACCUGGCCUUACCAACUAACUAAUAGCGUUCACCGAGAACUAUAUCCUGUCCUGAACCCCUCUAAUCCCGAGCUUUCCGCGGACGGUAAGACGGUUCUCAUCACUGGUGUUUCCGGUGGUGUUGGAAAGGCAAUCGCGGAAGCUUGGUCCAUCGCAGGCGCAUCGGCUAUCAUUCUCACCGGGCGCAAGGUAGAUGUAUUGAAUGAGGUCGCUUCCAAGGUUAAAGAGAUUGCCAAAAUACCCACAAUUAAAAUCAUUGUCCAACCUGCGGAUCUUACCUCAGAGGCCUCGGUGAAGCAGCUUUGGGAGAGGGCAGCAAAAGAUGUGGGCAAAAUCGACGUCGUCAUCAGUGAUGCAGGCACUAUGAACUGGUUUAGAAUCGAGGAGAGAGAACCGUCAGAAUGGUGGAACGACUUUGAAGUCAACGUAAAAGGACCUUACUUGAUGUGCCACUAUUUUCUCAAGCAGGCCAAUGGAACGGGCACUUUUAUCUUCGUCGGCACUGCCGCUAUUGGUACUGCUUUCCCGAAUAUGAGUUCAUAUAACGCUAGUAAGAUUGCUCAGAAUAAGCUGAUGGAGGUCCUUCAUAAUGAAAAUCCCAACAUUCGGACCUUCACUUUACUUCCGGGUUUGUUGAAAACUGCGAUGACAGCUCAGGAUUUUUUACCGUUCGCGCGAGAUGAUCCAAUGCUAUCUGGCGGGUUGACUCUAUUCCUCUGCACACCGAGGGCAGAGUGGAUGCGGGGUGGCAUUAUGAGUGUCAAUUGGGAUAUUGAGGAGAUGGAAGCUCACAAAGAAGAGAUACAACGAGAAGGCCGGAAUAAGAUGGCAUUCCUCAAUGCAAAGCUAGGGAAAGGCGGCCAUCCUUGGGAAACAUGAUGCUAACUUCACUCCCACUAGCGGAAAAGGGGGUGGCGCAAGAUGUACCCACCAUCAUAAAAAAAUGCCAAAAUUUCGGGCAGAGACAAGCUGUUCAUACUAAUAUUUCGUUUAUUGGUACAGAGUAUCUAUUACACGAUCGAAUGAAUUAGAAAUACCU